GAGACAUCAGCAUCAUGCCCGAGCCAGCAAAGUCCGCGCCCAAGAAGGGCUCCAAGAAAGCCGUCACCAAGACCGCAGGGCAAGGCGGCAAGAAACGCCGGAAGUCGAGGAAGGAGAGCUACGCCAUUUACGUGUACAAAGUCCUGAAGCAGGUCCACCCCGAUACCGGCAUCUCCUCCAAGGCCAUGGGAAUCAUGAACUCGUUCGUGAACGACAUCUUCGAGCGUAUCGCCGGAGAGUCGUCUCGCCUGGCCCACUACAACAAGCGUUCCACCAUCACCUCCAGGGAGAUCCAGACCGCAGUGCGCCUGCUGCUCCCCGGAGAGCUGUGCAGACAACAACUGCCACACCAUCAUAAUGGGAGAUUUUAA